AUGUUGUUCACAAUUUCUCAACGAUAUUUUAUGGAUGUACUAAAAACUGUGACAAGUUGUAAUGUGCAAUUUUUAAAUCGAGAUUUACUCGAAUUCCUUGCUUUUAUUAGAUUGCGAACUGUUGUUUUACGUUACAAUGGAAGAUAUGCAAAAAAAGAUACAAAGUGAACUAGAUAGUUUUAAACUAGUCCAAAAAGAAUAUCAGAAAGCAAUUUCAAAUCGACAACAACUGGACGCUCAACUAAACGAAAAUCAAAUAGUUAAAGGCGAAUUAGAUAUUUUAUCAACUGAUUCUGUAGUUUACAAAAGUGUGGGGCCAAUCUUAAUUAAGACUGACAUUACCGAAGCUAGACAAAAUGUCGAAAAACGUAUGGAUUUUAUUAACAAAGAAUUAAAACGUGUAGAUGAUCAUCUUACUGAAUUGGAGAAGAAGCAAAAUAAUCACAGGGAAUCCCUAAAUAAGCUGCAGCAGCAAUUUCAACAGGCGCAUGUUAAAGCAGCAAUGCGAGCUUAAAAUUGAAAUUGUCUCUAUUGUGUUUAUGUUCAUUAAAAUAAUGCUUAAUAAAUAAUAUUUGUUGUACAGAUAUACUUAUUAAUAACUUUGUAUUUUUAAAUAUAUUAAAAUUCAAGCUGA